UUCUCCCCUCCCCCCACAGAUCUCAUCUAAUGGAUCCUCCCAGUGACAACGGUAUGGAACCGCCCCUCAGCCAGGAGACCUUCGAGGACCUCUGGAGUCUGUUGCCGGCCAUGCAGACGGUUAAUUGUCCGGAAGUGGGAUUUCAAGAUUUGGAUUACCCCCUUCCCCUUCCCCCGACCAUGACCACCUUACAGGAGGGCGGGAUCACCAGCACCUUCACUCCUCCAUCGUCCACCGCCGUCCCCUCCACCGAGGAUUACCCCGGGAACCACCUCCUGCAGCUGGAGUUCGAGCAGAACGGGACCGCCAAGUCUGUCACCUGUACGUACUCCCCAGACCUGAACAAGCUGUUCUGCCAAUCGGCGAAGACCUGCCCGGUUCUGAUCCACGUUCAGGCCCCCCCUCCCAGCGGUUCGGUGCUCCGCGCCGUGGCGGUGUACAAGAAAUCGGAGCACAUGGCAGAGGUGGUGAAGCGGUGCCCUCAUCACGAGAGAUCCAUGGAGCCGGGUGAUGACUAUGCCCCUCGAAGUCACCUGAUCCGCGUGGAAGGGAAUUCCAUGGCACAGUACGCAGAGGAUGUCAAUGGGCGUCACAGCGUGUGCCUGCCCUAUGAGGAGCCACAGGUGGGGUCCCAGUGUACAACCAUCCUCCUGAACUACAUGUGUAACAGUUCCUGUAUGGGGGGAAUGAACCGCCGACCCAUCAUGACCAUCAUCACCCUGGAGUCCAAGGAGGGUGUCCUCCUGGGCCGGCGCUGCUUCGAGGUCCGUGUGUGCGCUUGCCCUGGCAGAGACCGCCGAACGGAGGAGGAGAACUUCACCAAGAAGAAGGAGCUGAAGGGCAGCGGGAAAAGAGCCAUUUCCAACCCUCAGACGUUGGAGGUCUUAAUUCCCAAAAAACGGCUCGUCACAGAAGAGGAAGUCUUCACCCUCCAGAUCCGAGGACGUGAGCGCUACGACAUGCUCAAGAAGAUAAAUGAUGCCCUGGAGUGUCAGGACAACAAAGCGGAGCCCCAGAAACUGACGCUGAAAUGCCGCAAAUGUCGGGAUGAGAUCAAACCCAAGAAAGGGAAGAAGCUUCUAGUGAAGGAUGAGCUGGACUCGGAAUGAGGAUGAGGCCCCCGGAAGAGGCCGAUACGUCUCGCUAAAGUUUUCUAUCUCCCCUCCCCCAAUCCUUAUCGCUUUAUCCUAAUCAUGUGCCCCCCUCCCCCAACAUUUCUAACAGUCACUGCCAUAAGAUGUUUUUUUUUUAAUAAAAAAUUUCCGUUUAA